AUGAACUCGUCCGAGUCUGGGUCGGAGGCUCACUGGUGGGAGAGCGACUCCGAGUCGGGCUCGGCUGAGGAGCAUGUGCCUCGGCCCGAGUCUGCCCUCCAGCUCUGCCUUACCCUCCAUGCCCACGGCCUGGCCUUUCGAGUCCGCGAAGCCCUCAAGAGCCGGGCGGAGCGUGGUGGGAGUGGCAGGAGUGGCAGCAAGGAUGUCGGCCGAAGCGCGCGUGCGAGGAUGGCGGCCGUGGGCGAGGCGACGGCCCAGGUGCUACGUGGGCUGGGCCUGGAGGCCAAAGUCGAGGUGGAGGAUGGUGAAGCCGAGUGUGAAGCCCGCGGGCGCGCCGACGCGCUGAUGCGCGCGCGUCAGGGUGUGGCCUACGUCUUGGUCGGCCCAUCGUCACGCAAGGCGCUGGAGGAUGCUUUUGCCGCUGCACAAGUGGGCGCCGCCGAGGCUGUCCGCAUCUUAACGCUCUGCGGCUCGGCCCGGGUCCAGCAGAUGGUGCUGGCGGUGGUACGAUCGGCGCGGACGUCAGCAGCGCUGGCAGAGACCAUGAGCAACGCGAUUAGAGCCGGCGAUGGGGAGGCAGACGCCACCGAUGCCACCCUCAACGAGCUGGUCGACCUGCCGCUAAUCGGUGCUCUCGAGAGCACCGGCCUCCUCGCCGACGUCUGCGCCCUCCAUGACAAGGCAUCCCAGGCUGAGCUCUUCGACGCACUGGCGUCAUUCAAGCUCACGCUCAGCCUAGGCGCACUCCCGCUUGACGCCAUCAACAACUACUUUGGCUCUGAGAUUGCUUUCUACUUUGCUUGGCUCCACAUGUACACGGUGUAUCUGGUUGCACCUGCGCUCUUGGGCUUGCUUGUCUUUGUCCAUCAGUGGCUCGCCGACGCCUCGUUUGUGUGGCCGCUCAUCCCCUACGGUAUCUGCCUCUCGCUCUGGUCGUCGGUCUUUCUACAGAUGUGGCGGCGGCGGCAGUCGGCCAUGGCCUACAAGUGGCUCGAUGGCGAACUGGAGCUGCCGGCCACCCGGUGGGAGCACCGACCAGGCUUUGAGGGCGAGUGGAUUCGCCACGAGCCGAGUGGCCUCUACGUCCUGCAGUAUCCGACGUACAUCCGGUAUGCCAAGUAUGCGGCGUCGGCGGUGGUCCUAUUCCUGUUUGUGGCUGUGGUGGCCGGCUCGAUCUGGGGUGUGCAAGAGCUGACGCGGACGCUCGAGGCCGAGUACCCGGCGUGCUACGAUUGGGGCCACAUCAAGGCCUCGCUCCUCGGCAACGAGUCGCCACCGCACGUGACCGCCGAAGCAUUGUGGUGGUGCCAGGUCAUCCGCAUCGUGCCUGGCCUUGUCUCUGCCGUCGCCAUCCAAGUCCUCUCGCGGGUAUACACGGUCGUGGCCCGGCGCAUCAACGCGUGGGAGAACUACAAGUCGGAAACCUCGGCCCGCAACCACCUCCUCGCCAAGCUCUUUGUGUUUCAAUUUGUCAACCACUUUGCUGCACUCUUCUACCUGGCCUUCUAUCUGCGGGACUGGGACAAGCUCCGCCAGCGGUUGCUGGUAGUCCUUGUCUUCAACCAAGUGCUGGACAACUUCAAGGAGACGCUCGCUCCGGCGGUCAUCACGCUCCUUCGGGCAUCCGUUCCGCUGGCGGCGGCUCCGGUUGCCCGCGACUCGCCUCACGCCGAGCUCAUCGACCAGACCAACCGUCCUCGGUAUGAUGACACCAUCUCAGACUUUCUGGAGAUGCUCAUUCAAACGGCGUAUGUCACGUUCUUUGGCGCAGCCUUUCCGCUCGCCGCCGUCCUCGCUCUCGCCAACAACCUGGCGGAGAUCCGAGUUGACGCACACAAGCUCUGCUCGCCGGGUGGGUACGCACGACCGUUUGCCCGUGCUGCGGCUGGCAUUGGCGUCUGGUUGUACCUGCUUGACUUUAUUUCGAUUGUCGGUGUUCUCGUCAACACGGCCCUGCUAGUCAUGACAACCAACUCGAUCGACGAGUGGUGCGCGCGGUACGGAUGGCCCGAAAUGCUUGGCGUCUCGGCCGCGGUGCUCAAGAUUGGUGGCGUCUUUGUGGCGGAGCAUGCCAUCCUCGGCAUCAAGCUCGCGCUGCACCUUCUCAUUCCUCCUGUUCCAGGCACCGUCAAGUGGUCACGGAUCAUCGCCGCCACGCCCAAGGCGUACCUGCACGAAAAGUCGGGCCCGUACGCCCGAUCAAUGGUCCGCAAGGCCAAGAUCGCGUGAGCUGCAGUCUGGCUACCGCAUCACUCGUCUCACGAAAGAUGCAGCGUGCCGCCAAUGUCGGCGUCAACCUUGCCGAGGCGGCUCCGCUCUUCGUCGAUGACCGAAUCAAAAAGAUUGGUGGUGUUGUCGGCGCGGCGGACGAUAUCGGUGGCGGCGAUGGAAUGGCCGAGGGCGACUCGCUCGGCAUCGUUAUAGAGCUCGAGAUCAAAGAGCAGGUUCUGGGUCGCCUGCGUCGUGCCGCGUCGGAUGCGAAUGGACCGCACCUCGACCGGCGCCAUCGAGCCGGUCGUCGGAUUGCGAGCCCCACUCGCA